CUUUUUCCUACAAAUUGACACAAAAGUCACAAAUAUAUUAGGGGGCAGUUCCUCGCAUUCAAUUUUUGCCCAAAUUUCUCACAUAAAAAAUAUGAAUUUCGGAAGAAUACUUCGGAAAACCUGUGUGGUGCAUCAACAAUUAACGCGCGAUUAUGCCUUCAAGUCGGAUUUGAAAAUCAAAUGGGUUCGUCCUGUGAAGAUACCAUCUACUAACCCAGAGAAAAGUGGAGACUUAGGAAAAUUACCUCCGGUAAAUGAAAAAGAGUUCUUACUUGAAUAUAAAAACAGCACAGAACUUCAGAGCGCGGAUCCAGUAGUGCAAUCACUCUUUCAACUUGGCAAUAACCGAAGUGCUGACAUUUCACGUUAUUUACGGGAUCAGCUAAUCAAAGAGGUUCAACGCCAUCCACUCGAUUAUGGCUCCAUGGAAGCCAAAUUGGCUCGGAUGACUGUGAGAAUUCGAAGUAUGCAACAAGAACUUGAACAAUUUCCUCGCAAUAAUAAACUGAAGGUUGCUUUAAAAGAACUUAUUGAAAAGCGGAAAAAGUUCUUAAAAUAUUUACGUCGCUGGGACUACCGCCGAUUCGAAUGGAUGUUAGAGAAGCUUGAUUUAGUAUACAAACCUCCGCCGACAGAGUUCCAUUGGAUUACAAGAAAAGAAUCGUUGCAAAAGCUUACCGAUGCGCAUUGUGAAAAAAUAAAAGACGAACGCUUGGCUGAGUAUCGCAAAUUAUUGGAUGAACAAAAAAUUCCAUUUUUGGAAGAUACCAUUAAAAAAAUGGAGUUUGUGCGCAAAGAGCAAAUUGAUUUAGAAAUACCAGUUACAGUAACCGAGCAGCAAAUAGAAGAUUUCAAGAAAGAGCUAGAGGCUCUUAAAUCAAAGGUUGAGGUAAAGGCAGAAGCUACGGAAUAACUAUAAGAAAAAACUGUUGUUACUUUCGUUAAAAAUAAUAAAUAGGUGGGAAAAUCAAA